GGCGUUUUUAAAUAUGUAUAAAAUGGCAAGCCACGGCUCAGGGUUAAGACAGGUUCUGCAGUCUCCUUGUCGACCUUUGCGAGGCUGUGUUCAGAACUACCUUAGCAUUCCGUUCCCCAAUGGCUUCCUCCAGUGUUAAUCGUUGGAUAAGGCCUGAGGUCUACCCGUUGUUCGCGGCGGUUGGGGUUGCCGUGGGAAUCUGUGGAAUGCAAUUGUUCCGGAACAUCUACACUAACCCUGAAGUCAGGGUCAGCAAACAAAAUAGAGCUGCUGGAGUGUUGGACAAUCAUGCAGAGGGAGAAGUAUACGCUGAACACAGUUUGAGAAAGUUCGUUCGCAACAAGACCCCACAAAUAAUGCCUUCAAUUAACGAUUUCUUCAGCAACCCUAAAUGAAUCCAGCCAACAUUGAUAUGUAAUUCUUAAGUCUUCCCUAUUUUUUCAGGGUAGAACUAUUUUUUUAAUUUCCAUUCUCAUUACAUUUUGACUGGAGCUUGUUUUGAGUUUUGAACCUCGACAAUGUGAUUGAAUCCAUGUUUGAGUUGUGAAGGUAUAAUAACAUGAAUUUGUUUGAUA